CCCCCCUCCCCCGGCCGAGAGAUGGCUCGCGACGGCGGCCCGCAGCGCCCUGCGCGGAGACCCGAGUGCCGCUCUCUCGCCGCCCGGCGUUGACGGGCGGCCUCGGGGCGCGAACCGUGCCAAACCGCGCCGAUGGCCACGACCGCGCGCCGGGCCAAGGCGUUCGUGUGGGAGCAGCUGCCGCCCAUGCCCACGAAGCGCGUGUACUGCACCCCCGCGGCGUGCGCCGGGCAGCUGUACGUCGCGGGCGGCUGCGACGCGUCUGGCGCGCCCCUCGACUGCCUGGAGGCGCUGGCCCCCGACGCGAGCCAGUGGACGCGGCUGGCGCCCAUGCCCACGGCGCGCGCAGGCGUCGGGGUGGCGGCGCUGGGCAAGCGGCUGCUGGCGCUGGGCGGCGUGGACGGGCAGCAGAGGCCCGUGGCGGCCGUCGAGGCGUUCUGCACGGAGGAGCGGCGCUGGGAGAGGAAGGCGCCGCUGCCCGAGCCGAUCAUGGGCAUGGCGGUCAUCGUGAAAGACUGCCGCGUGUUCGUGGCGGGCGGCAUGGGCGCGGACACGACCCCGCUGGCCACGCUGUGGGAGUACGAGGCCGUGCGGGACGCGUGGCGCGCCCUGGCGCCCAUGCCCACGCCGCGCUAUGCCGCCACGGCCUUCGUGCGCGGGGGCAAGAUCUACGUGCUGGGCGGGCGGCAGGGCAAGAACCCCGUGACGGCCUUCGAGGUGUACGACGUCGAGGCGGGCACGUGGGCGCGCUUCCCGGACCUGCCGACCAAGCGCGCCUUCGCGGGCCACGCGCUGGCCGAUCGGGCCCUCUACAGCCUGGGCGGCCUGGAACAGCCCGGCCUGCACAACUACUACUCGCGGCCCACCUUCGUGAGCACCGUCGAGACCUUUGACUUCACGCAGGGUGGCUGGGUGAGGUCGUCGCGAGCCCGGAGCAUGCGUGAGCGCCGGGCCGACUUUGUCGCCGGGUUCCUGGGCGGCCGCGUCUUGGCCAUCGGCGGACUCGGCAACCAGACGUCCCCGCUGGCGUCCGUGGAGGGCCUGGACCCGGAGCGGGGCCGCUGGGAGUCGCUCGCCUCCAUGCCCACGCCGCGCUGCUCCUGCUCGUGCGUCGCCCUGGACGGGCGCCUGCUGCUCGUGGGCGGCGUCAGCCAGGGCCCCAGCGACGCCGUCGAGGCCCUGGGCGUCCUGGACGACGUCUGACGCCGGCCCGAUGGACGUUGCCGUCGGCUGACGCGGGGAGGAGGAGCCCGGGCCGCACGCCGCGGCCAUCCAAGGCGGAAAAACGAACGACGUGGGAGGAAGGAGGGAGGAUGUUUGCGUUGGGACGCGCUGGUGGCGGGAGGCCCCAAGCGAACGAAGCAAAAGUGUAGGGCCCCAAGCGGCGCAAGGGGCCAUGGCUGAAUAAGCGGAGAUGCACCCAAAUAUCAGCUCGAGUUCAGAUGCUAUUCAACGUAGCGAGAGAAUGAAUGUUAAUUGACAAUUCACCUGUCAUCCCUCUGUCUCGUCUAUAUCCCCUCUCUUAUCUCAUCGCAUUACACAUCGACCUAUCGUUUGUUUUCUUGGUCCACAUUUCUCUCACGUCGCUACAUCUCUAUCCGCCAUCCACAUCUCGUCUGGGUCAUCUCACUCGGAGUUUGUCAUUGAAAGGGGGCGAGGGGUUAGCGGGGCAGUGGAGGGGGGGGGAGCAGUGACCCCCCCCCACCCCCCCAACCCCCACAAUGGGCCACUGGUGGAGACGUGGAGCACUCACGUGGCGACAUUCACACUCACGCAGCUCGGCCUCGCUCGCUCGCUCAGCGCCGUCGGUGGGGGGGGGGGGGGCGGUGGUGGGUUGCGACUGUGAGCCAACGCGGAGGCGUUUGCGUCGUUCUGUGGUGCUCAUCGG